AUGAAACAGUUUAUGGUGGACCCUAAUUGGGAGAUGGAAGCUGGCUCAGAGAGUCAAGAAACACAUAUCCAACGCCAAAGAGAAUCAAGAAUUGCUGAAGUAAUCUAUCUUCACCACUCCGACGUUCCUGCCAACCCAUCUGUUGCAUCAGAUGCACUCGGUUUAUAUGUUGAUGAUAGUCGUGUCCCUAUAGUCCCCCUGGACGCCAUCAAUGACGAUAUGUUACCUGAUGAUGGUGGUAACCUUCUAAUGACAUUGAUCCCCACUGCAAAAGUAGAAGAAACAACUAAACAACCUCUUACCUUCCCUCCUCUAUCCCCACAAGUCAAUGGUCAAACUCUUUUACACAGAGAUGAAGUCACGAGAACAGCUGUGGCACUUGUUGCCUUGAUCAAAUCUAAAGAGCCCGGAAGUCAAAUUGACCUCGAGCUGCUUAUCCAGCUUCUUCGCAACCCAGACAUGCUCGAGCAGUUGAUGAUGGAACAUGGACUCUCAUCCAAUCAGAGUUCGAUAGUCAUUUCUGCUCUACCUAAAAAACGAUCAUCUGUCCCCAUGUCCAUUCCAAGGCCAUCUAGGAGGGAACUUCAUCCGGUUGUCACAGGAUCCACAUCCCUCUCGAUUCCAGGACCACCGAAACCGAAGGCCGCUGAAACCACGUGGUCUCUGUCGGUCCCAUUUGCCCAUUCUAUGUCUCGAGAGGUUAAAUCCAUGAUCGACCAAAUUGAUAGGAACUCGGGAAGUCAAAGUAACGAGUCAAUACCAGUGAAACAGAAGGCCUAUGUGCCCAUCCCCAGCUCCAUUUCCUCCGAAUAUAAUACGGGUGAAGUGAGGGAACUCAUCAAUGAGUAUAGAGUCCCAUUAAGGGUUGAUUAUGUGAAACCUGGGAGUUCGUCUUCACCAUCUGCUGCAACAACUGUGAUGAAGGACUCACAUUACUAUAGGAGACUUAUCUCGAAACAUGGGGUGACUCGAGAGAAUUCCAACCCUCAAGGAUCUCUGAAAAGAAUUGGUGUGAGCCUAGUUGAACAGCGACCACCAUGUGUGUAUUUUAAUAGUCCUAGAGGUUGCAAGCAUGGGCCUAGUUGCUGGUUUCAACACAUCAAGGUGAACAUGGACGGAGGUAGUCGGGGAGUGGAAGAGCAGCAGAGAGCGAAAAGGAUGAAAGCUUUAGGCGGAAAUUUUGGUAGACAUACGUAA